GGAAUAGACUGAGAAAGUAACCCUAAUAAAUAGAUCUUGCCACUGGUCAUUAAAGGGUGAUCAAUCAUAUUGCAUGGAAAGAUGAUAGAAGUUCUUAGCCUGCAAACUGGUACAGCAGGUAGAACAUUGUUGGCUUGUAGAUAAAUAAUGUGAUACAGACCACACAGUGUCUAUUGUUGGAGGUUGAAAUAAAAUCUAAAGUAUGUAUAGCUAACCUCCUGUUGUAUGGAUAGAAGAAUAAAUUUAUGACCCCACAAGGAAAACAAUUAGAGAAUGUAAAAUCACAUAGAUGUUACUUCCUGAAUCAGUUUUAUGAAGAAAAACAAAAGUUGAGGGUGGGGACUGUUGUAGAUUUAAAGUGACUCAGGAAGCAAACUAUCCAAAUGAUUUCCAUUUUCUGUUUUGCACCUGGACUCAAAACAACCAUAAGAUGAAAUUUUCCUUUGAACCAGCCAGGCAAAUGAUGGAUAAUAGAUGUUACCAGGCUUUGAUAAGGAUCAAGAGGAGGAUCUCUGUACUCUUCUUAUGGGUCCUAAAUUACAGAAUUGAAAUAGUUGUCAGAGAUUUGCUUUUUUUGUUUUUGUUUUUAAGGAAAAUUAAGGUAGUACCAUACAUAUCUUAAUCAUUGCAACAAGUGGGAUAAGGGUAUUACUAUUUCUAAAAGUAAAUAAUAUUGUGUAAAAAUGUAUGUUCCAACAGAGUCUUAUAGACAUCUGUAUCUCUGUCAGGAUUGAGCUACCCGAUGAAACAAAAGAUGCAGUAGGGUAUAUUUACCAGGCUGUUUCUGAGUGUGGAUUGUAACCUUUGGUAAGAAAAUGUCGUCCAUCUUGCCAUUCACUCCGCCAGUGGUGAAAAGACUUCUGGGAUGGAAAAAAUCAGCCAGUGGGUCUGGAGGAGCAGGUGGAGGGGAACAGAACGGGCAGGAAGAAAAAUGGUGUGAGAAAGCCGUGAAAAGUCUGGUGAAGAAGCUAAAGAAAACAGGACGAUUAGAUGAGCUUGAGAAAGCCAUCACCACUCAGAACUGCAAUACUAAAUGUGUCACCAUCCCCAGCACUUGCUCUGAAAUUUGGGGACUGAGUACACCAAAUACGGUAGAUCAGUGGGAUACAACAGGCCUUUACAGCUUCUCUGAACAAACCAGGUCUCUUGAUGGCCGUCUUCAGGUUUCGCAUCGGAAAGGGUUGCCACAUGUUAUAUAUUGCCGGUUAUGGCGCUGGCCAGACCUUCACAGUCAUCAUGAGCUCAAGGCAAUUGAAAACUGCGAAUAUGCUUUUAAUCUGAAAAAAGAUGAAGUGUGCGUAAAUCCUUACCACUACCAGAGAGUUGAGACACCAGUUUUGCCUCCAGUAUUAGUGCCUCGGCACACAGAGAUCCUAACAGAGCUGCCGCCUCUGGAUGAUUAUACCCACUCCAUCCCAGAAAACACUAAUUUCCCAGCAGGAAUUGAGCCACAGAGUAAUUACAUCCCAGAAACGCCACCACCUGGAUAUAUCAGUGAAGAUGGAGAAACAAGUGAUCAACAGUUGAACCAAAGUAUGGACACAGGCUCCCCAGCUGAGCUGUCUCCUACCACUCUCUCUCCUGUCAAUCACAGCUUGGAUCUGCAGCCUGUUACCUACUCGGAGCCUGCCUUUUGGUGUUCGAUAGCGUAUUAUGAACUGAACCAGAGGGUUGGAGAGACCUUCCAUGCCUCACAGCCCUCGCUUACUGUGGAUGGCUUUACAGACCCAUCGAACUCGGAGAGGUUCUGCUUGGGUUUGCUCUCCAAUGUUAAUCGAAAUGCUACUGUAGAAAUGACAAGAAGGCAUAUAGGAAGGGGAGUACGCUUGUAUUACAUAGGUGGGGAAGUUUUUGCCGAGUGCCUAAGUGAUAGUGCAAUCUUUGUGCAGAGCCCCAACUGUAACCAGAGAUAUGGCUGGCACCCUGCAACAGUGUGUAAAAUUCCUCCAGGCUGUAACCUGAAGAUCUUCAACAACCAAGAAUUUGCAGCUCUUCUGGCUCAGUCUGUCAAUCAGGGUUUUGAAGCCGUUUAUCAGCUAACUCGAAUGUGCACCAUAAGAAUGAGUUUUGUGAAGGGAUGGGGAGCAGAGUACCGGAGGCAGACAGUAACAAGUACUCCUUGCUGGAUUGAACUUCAUCUGAAUGGCCCUCUGCAGUGGUUGGACAAAGUAUUAACUCAGAUGGGAUCCCCUUCAGUGCGAUGCUCGAGCAUGUCAUAAAGCCCAUCACUAGUCGAGUCCAUCAAGAGACUUCGUGUAACAACCUCUCUGUCAUAGUAUUUGUGUAUGAUCCCGUGGACUGUUUGCUAUCCAAAAAUUCCAGAGUGAAAACAGCACUUGAGGUCUCAUCAGUUAAAGCACCUUGUGGAAUCUGUUUCCUAUAUUUGAAUAUUAGAUGGGAAAAUUAGUGUCUAGAAAUGCCCUCCCCAAAAGGGGAAGAAAAGACUUAAAGACUUGUGAUGUCUUGUUGGGCAUAAGACAGUGUCCCAAAGGUUAUUAAUAACAGUAGUAGUUAUGUGUACAGGUAAUGUAUCCAGACCCAGUAUUGCAGUACUAUGCUGUUUGUAUACAUUUUUAGUUUGCAUAACUGAGGUGUGUGUGCUGCUUCUUGGUCUAGGCAAGCCUUUAUAAAGUUACAGUACCUGAUCUGUUAUUCCCACUCUCCGUUAUUUUUGUGUCUUUUUUAAUAUAUAAUAUAUAUAUAUAUUAAGAUUUUCAAAUUAUCGUUUAGAAGCAGAUUUUCCUUGUAGAAACUAAUUUUUCUGCCUUUUACCAAAAAUAAACAAACUUGGGGGAAGAAAAGUGGAUUAGCUUGGAAAUCCUUGACCUUUAUGUGUCCAAUGGAUCUUAGCAAUCAUUCUUUCUGUGUGUAUUUAUUUCCUGCUUAAUUUCAUUAGAAGGAAACCUUACUGGAAACUUCCGGGCUCUUCAUCCCAUUUCUGUUCUGAUACAAAACAAUACAGCAUGAUGUCAUUGUGGUAAAUAGUUGCACUGAUGGCUACUAGGGUAGUUAAUCCUGGGUCCAGUGAAGGUUUGUGGGGAGUAGGCCUCUUGUCUUAGAACCAGACUCCCCAGAUGAUAAUGGACUUGUAUAACCUGUUGGUCUGUUACACUUUCGUCUCAGAACAUGCACAGGUCACAGUAUAAUUAUUUUCAGGGCUACUCUAGAAUCAUAUCAGUAUGUGUUUCCUUCUUCCAAAGCCAGUCUAAUAAUAAAGGAUCUUUCUGUAAA